UCUAGAUCUAGAAACCAAGAUUUUGUGGUUCUUCCCCGCGGGAAAUAGAGCUAUGAAGGUGACGAUAAGGUGUAAUUCACGAAUUUUAUUUAAUAUGGCGUCAAGUUAACUUUUACAGGCUGUAGCUUUCAAGAGAUACAGGUGGAAGGUGUUACAAGAUUAUUUGGUUUUAUCAACUGAGUUAAAAAGUACAUUGGCCACCGUAAAGAGUUUCUAAAGCAGAUUUUAGUACUCUGAGAAGCCAAAGAGAGGCCAAAAAACACUGAGAACAUUUUAUCAUGAAUGUAAGCCGACAGAUCUCCCGAUCCUCAAAAUUCCUCAAUUCCACGAUUCCAAAAUUUCUUAUCGUUGACAAGGGGCUUUACUAUGACGUCAUUUGGCUCACACAGAAUGUAGCUAUCACGCUAACACAGGUUCUCUUCUGAACAGUUUCUUAUGCAUAAAACCCUAAAAAAUGUCUCUUUUAAUGGAUAAGUUAAACCGCAUUCUGCAACUUUUCAGUGUUACACUUCUUCAUGUCGUGCAAUUCUCUGGAGCCACACACAUCCCAGGCAUUAUCAUCCUGUAUCAACUGUUCUUUUAUACACCUUUGUGGCCGUUUGUGCUUCUUUAUGUAUCAUGGACGUAUCUUGCUGAGUGGAAAACCCCCGAACGCGGUGGAAGAGACUAUCUGAGGAAUUUCACGAGACGGCUUUCAAUUUUCAAGUUCAUGAGAGAUUACUAUCCUAUUACCCUCGUCAAAACUAGCGACCUCGAUCCACAGAAGAAUUAUAUCUUUGGAUAUCAUCCUCAUGGGGUUUUCACCGAGGGAGCAUCAAUAGGGUUGAAUACGGAAGCAUGUGGAUUUAGUGAAAAAUUCCCUGGAAUCAUUCCGCAUCUUUCCGUGACCUCAGUUAUAUUAAAACCGCUGUUAUACCGGGACGUGCUGAUGAGUCUUGGCGUAAUUGAUGUGUCACGUCACAGUUUGGAAUAUAAUCUGACGCAGAAGGGGACGGGACACUCGGUUGUCAUCGUUGUGGGAGGAGCAGCAGAGAUUCGUGAAAUGGGCUUUGACAGCUACGCGCUGAUAGUGAAACGACGGAAAGGAUUUAUCAAACUGGCUUUGCAAACCGGGUUGGUAUAUGACUCUGAGUUUCUCCUUAGCUAUACGACUGUCAAUCAUCUCAUGUUGCAGUCGUCUUAUCUUUCUUUCAUUUUAUCUGUUCUUAUAAUUCCUGGCAUAAGCUUACUUGUUGUUGGUAUAGUUAUACGAUUCCGAUCCUCCAAUACUCAGAGUUUUGAGACGGACUGUAAUCAAAUGAAGAUGUUAAUCAUUUUCAGGAGCGAUCUUGUUCCUGUGUUUGGCUUUGGACAGAAUAAUCUUUAUCGUGAUAUCAUUGGCGGUAGUAGAGUUUCCCAAUAUUCACGACUUCAGCUUUGGCUCUCAAAUUUUACUUCUUGGCUCAGAACUUGUUUUCUACCGAGUCGAUCUCCAAUCAACGUUGUCGUGGGAUCUCCCAUUUCUGUUUCCAAGGAUGAGAAUCCAACGCAGGAAGAGAUAGACAAACUUCACGCACGGUACAUAGACGAACUGAAAGAAUUGUACGAGAAAAAUAAGGAAAAUUAUCACCCAUCAGAGAGAUCUGAGUUGUUGAUAAUCUAGUUUACUACCAAGGAAGCUGCUUGAAGUUUUUUUUUUCAAGCCUCAAUAAAACUUCACUAACAUACAGUCGUUUUUAUUUGUUCUUCCUUGGAAAAGUCGUCCAU